AUCUUUUCAGCCAGUGGUCGGCUCCUUCUCUCUCAUGUUUGUUCACGUCUAUCUGCACAGUCAACAAGGGCGCUGCUGUGCCUCGGUGCAUGGAGCCAUCUGAACCUUGUCAAGACAGAGGACGUGUUGAAGGUUACCACCUUGCCUGACAUCAAGGGUGACACUGAGGAGGAGCUUGAGGAUGGGUGGGACAGGAUUUUGUUACAUUAA